AUGUACCCACGCCGUACCAACAACGGAGAGGGCAGCAGCCGCGGCAGCGGCCGCCGAGAGAACCACCCUCGCCGCCCUCCACGCAUCACCAUCGUCAUCCGAGACGAAUCAGUCGACGGUCCUCCUCCGCACAUCGAGAGGGAAGAAAGGAGGCACCCGUGGCCCCCUCUCCCAUUCCCUCCGCCGAUGGUCAGAUGGGAAGAGCCGCCUACGAGACCACUCCCACCAAUUCCUACUCAAGGAAGGGGAGAAGUCUGGACCCGAGCCCGGGAGCUCCUCGGCCGAAACCGUCACUUCCUCGACCACAUCGAACAUGAGGUCGCCCAAGACCGGUUGGAGGCCCGUCAAGCCGAUCAGCGAGCCCAGCGUGCUCGGCAGGACAGGCAGGUAGAGGAGGCUCGGCGAGGGAGGUACGAGCACGAGAGGAGGCUGCAGGAGGAGGAGGCCGAGAGGAGACGGGUGGAGCACCUAGAAGAGGUGGCCAGAAGAGGCGAACAAGACCGCCAACAAGACGCCAACGUACCAGCUGCCAGAGCCAAUCCCGUCGAAGCCCGCCCAGCGCCAGUCAACAGACCUCCAGGUCCCCAGAUUCCGGCACCAAUACCGGCAGCGCCAGUCAUCACAGCCACCACAGUCAACGCCGCUAGGGCACUGGUCCCGGAUCCCAACGCCGACAACGGUGAGCUCGUCCCCUGUGCGGUUUGCACCGAGGAGUUCCCACGCUCCCAGGUCUUCACGACCUCCUGUACCGAGCCGCACCACUACUGCGGCGAAUGCCUUCAGGCCUUCUUCAGAAACAGCAUGGACGGCAACGUCUGGCGCAACGCCGACAGAUUUCCUCCUAUGUGCUGCGGCAACCACUUCUACAAUCACGCCAACGAGAACCCCUCUCGGGAAGUCCGAGCGCGCAACCAGCGCUUUCACCGACUACUCGGUGUCGAUAUGAUCAGGCAGUACUUUGCUCGUACUCAGCAGGUACAAAUGGAGAGGGACGGUGCAGGCACGCGGUGCUCGAACGCGGACUGUGGCUGGCUUGUCCCUGAGCGGUUCACAGGCGUCGAAGGUCGCAGAGACACCGAGGCCGUCUGCCACAACUGUCAACAGGUUACGUGCACGGUCUGCGAGGGCAGGGCGCAUCGUACCAGGUACCAAGAACGUUGUCCUGGUCCGAGAAGAAGGAUAGAGGACCAACAGCAGGCGGAGGCGCAGGCCGACGAGGAGUUCCUACGAUUGAGGCGGGAGGAGGGCUGGCCGACCUGUCCGACCUGUGGCUGGACCGUCCAGAGGAACGGUGGCUGUAACCUGAUAAAGUGUUUCAGGUGCGGUACAUACUUCUGCUACCACUGCCUACUCAUCUACCCUGACGGGCACCGUACGCCUGAUGGUAGGCCACUGUGCCUCUGCCCCAUAUUUAUAGAUGGCGAGGCAGAGGGGCGGAUCCAGGAGAGACGGGUAGCUGGUAUUCCGGAGCACGUGCCCGAGGGCGAGGAGGAUGACUUCUUCCCUGGUGGUGACCACCAGCACUAUCACGACCGGGGACAUCACGACCGGGGACACCACUAUGACGAGGGCCAUCAUCACCACGACGAGGGCAAUCACCACCACGAUGAGGGCCAUCAUCACCAGCACUACCACCCUCGUCAUCGCCAGCACCGGCAUCACCGCCAUGUCGACUACAUCCUCGACCACGUUAUUGAGGAUGAUGACUUCUUCCAUGGCGGGGACCACCGCGACAUCCUCGACCACCCCAUUGAGUGGGACAGCGACGGCGACGACGAAGACCUCGACGCUGAUAUUCUUCGAUUCAUCUCCGAUGUCAUGAGAAGAAGUUGA